AUGUCACCCAAGGUGAAGACCAAGAUUGUCAAAGACGUCACUCAGCUUGUCCUGGCGCGACGAACACGAAUGUGUAAUUUUCUGGAAUACAAGGAUACCAAGGUAGUCUACCGACGCUACGCCUCGCUAUUUUUCGUUUGUGGGAUUAGUUCGGGAGAUAAUGAACUCGUUACCUUGGAAAUUAUUCAUCGCUAUGUAGAGGUAUUGGAUCGAUACUUUGGGAAUGUCUGCGAGCUAGAUCUGAUUUUCAACUUUCAGAAAGCCUACGCAAUCCUGGACGAACUGAUCAUCGCAGGCGAACUCCAAGAGUCAUCUAAAAAAUCAGUUCUCCGAGUCGUUGCCCAAUCGGAUUCUAUUGAGGAGACUGAAAAUAGUGAGGACAGCCUGGCGCGACUGGGCUCUCGAAGUGGAUAA